AAUUUCUACCCACAGUUGGCUGAAUUCACCGAUGCUGAAGCCAGAGGUUACAGUGGGCUGCCUGUAUUCUGUGACAAGGGAUCCAUUCAUACCUAAGAGGACACAUGAGCUCCAGUAUACAUGUCCAAGCGUGUUCUGAGCAACACUGUAAGAGGUCAAAAGUGGAAACAACCCAAGUGCCCAUCAACAGCACAAACAUUUAUACCAUUGAAUGCCUUACGGCAAGGUAACAGGAUCAAGUACAGCUACAUGGAACACAUAGAUGAGGGAAAUAAAACACAAAAUACAUUAAAAUAUAAAAAGCACAAUUCUAUGUAUAUAAGGUUACAUAACAUUUUCAAAAUCAGCAACAUUUUAAUUAAUUUAAUUAAUUUAGAAUUCUCCUGCAGAGUUUUCUCUCUUUUCUCCAAUGUGUUAAUUUAUUUAAUCAUUUAUUUACAACAGCACAGAUUAAUAUUUAUUUUAUAUUUUGGAAUAUGAUAUAGUGGUAUUUUAGUUUGUUCCUUAAAUUGUUCAAGAUUUGGCCAUUGGGAGCUGUUUUAUUGGUUUUUGUACCCCUCUAGAAUUACCCCAUCAAUGCUUUUGUUUGUUUUCUAUUUAUCACAUCCUUAUUUUCCAGCACUCCAAGAUGCUCUCGGCCCUUUCUGUAUAUUUCCUUUCCAGAUUUAGAAACUGUAUUUCUUCAUCAGUAUUGCUAGAUUGUUUUUUUCUUUAAAAGUGUUAGAUUUCAGUUUUAUUAAUCAUCUUUUAAAAAAACAUAUUGUCCCUUUUAUUUGUAAUUCUAUUUUUAUUUUAAUGUUUUAUUUUUUGUUUUGGUUUUGUUUUACUAAUUGCUUGACUUCAACAUAAAAAAAGUUUUAGAAAUGUGGUUAUUAAUUUUCAAGUAAAUAUGAUUGGAUUCAGGUUUUUUAUUUUUAACCUUCAAUAUUAUUUCACUGCGGUCCAGAUGUGCUGAAUUUAUUGACCUAUUACAUUUUAAUUGACAUUUAUUUUGUAGUCUUGUAUUGGGAAAUUCUUCUGAGUGUUUUCUAUAUAUUUUUGGUUGUUGCAGGUUAUAUGAUCAAAAUUGUUGUUUGUUGUGCAAAUUAUUAUAGCAUUACUAGUUUUGUUCUCUGCACUAUUGUUUUCUGAGAAAACGGUGUUACGGGGAAAAAAACUUCCAUCAUGAGUGCAGAUUUUUCAGUUUUACCUUAUAACUCUCAGUCUUGGCUAUGUGUCACUGUUAUGUGUUUAGGUGCGUUAAGUUCAUCACUGUAAUGUUUUCCUAGUGAAUUUUCUUUUUCAAUAACUAUAAAAUGUGCUCCUUUGAUCCUAUCAAUACACUGGAUAUUAAUAUUGUUGCCCUAGGUUUCUUUUGUUUAAUAUUUGUCUGGAUUGCCUGUUCCCAUAAAUUGACCUUUAAUCAGUUAGCUUUGUUCUUAAGAUUGGUUUAAAACGUAGAAUAAUAGGGAGGGGCAUGGGAGGGUGGGACGUCUAAUGUAAAUCCAGCCCAGUGAUUACAUUAGCUGGGCGCUGAUUAGGUUAGGAUGUUGCCCAGGUACAAGGCCAGGAUCUUCGGGACCUGGCUUCAUUUGGAGUUCAGCUACCAAAAGGAAACCUUCCUCUGGGUCCUGGAGUAUUUGGCCUGAAAUUGGGAACUCGGAAGUUGCUGCUCCAGGGCGCUCCCUGCGGAGCUCCGCCGCCUGCCUCUCCGCCCGGCCUUUCCCGGCGUCCCCACGCGGGGCGCAACCGCGAGAAAGAAACGCAGGUCGCACCGUCAGCGCCCAGAGCAGCGCCAGUUUCCGGGCCCGGGCUGCUCUCGGAGCCAUGAGCUGCGGCCGCCCCCCUCCCGACGUGGACGGCAUGAUCACCCUCAAGGUGGACAACCUGACCUACCGCACCUCUCCCGACAGCUUGAGGCGCGUGUUCGAGAAGUACGGGCGCGUGGGCGACGUGUACAUCCCGCGGGAGCCCCACACCAAGGCGCCCCGGGGCUUCGCCUUCGUCCGCUUUCACGACCGGCGCGACGCCCAAGACGCCGAGGCCGCCAUGGACGGGGCGGAGCUGGACGGACGCGAGCUGCGGGUGCAGGUGGCGCGCUAUGGCCGCCGGGACCUGCCCCGCAGCCGCCAGGGAGAGCCACGCGGCAGGUCCAGAGGCGGCCGCUACGGACGGCGGAGCCGCAGCUACGGGCGGCGGAGCCGCAGCCCCAGGCGGCGACACCGCAGCCGAUCCCGGGGUCCCAGCUGCUCCAGGUCCCGCAGCCGAUCUCGCUAUAGGGGUUCUCGCUAUAGCCGGUCUCCCUACAGCCGAUCUCCUUACAGCCGGUCGCGCUACAGCCGCUCUCCCUACAGCAGAUCUCGCUACAGGGAAUCUCGCUACGGCGGAUCUCACUACAGCUCAUCUGGUUACAGUAACUCUCGCUACAGCCGAUAUCACAGCAGCCGGUCUCACUCGAAGUCUGGGUCCUCCACUAGCUCUCGCUCUGCAUCAACCUCCAAAUCGAGCUCUGCGCGACGAUCCAAGUCCUCCUCGGUCUCCAGGUCUCGCUCGCGGUCCAGGUCUUCAUCUAUGACCAGGAGUCCUCCCCGGGUAUCCAAGAGGAAAUCCAAAUCAAGGUCGCGAUCCAAGAGGCCCCCCAAGUCUCCUGAAGAGGAAGGACAGAUGUCCUCUUAAGAAAAUGAUGCAUCAGGAAGCAACGUGAUGGAGGACUUGGGGAAAAGGAUCACAUACUCAGUCUAUGGAAGCAACGUCCCUGGAAGAAGAGGCUGCCUAUUGAAAAGGUUGUGUCACACUUUUCUACCUUUUUGCCAGUUUGAAGCUUUGCAUCAGGUGGCAAAAUUCAUUCUAUGUGCCGUUUUGUUGUUAUUCACAUUUUAUUGUAACUUAGGAGGUGAACGACCUAAGAUUACGUUAUUGGGUUUGGAUAUUUGAGGCAAAAAUUUAUUUUUAUUUCUAUAGUGAUGACUGUUUUGGUUUGAAAUGAACAGAUUGGUAACCUAAUUUGUGGCCUCCUGACUUUUAAGGAAACGUGUGCAGCCAUUACACACAGCCUAACGCUGUCAAGACAUUGCUUCAACAUUGCCUUCAUUCCUUAAAAACCUACAAAAGGUGGUGUAAAUUAAUAUGGAUAAUUUUAUUUACCUCCAUGUCUAAAAGGCCCGGCUGCGUAGCAGUUGAGUGAUGCUGGUUAGCUAUUAAGGUGGCCUGUUGCAGUGCAGAGUGCUGAGCUGCUUCCUGUUUUCUUCUGAUUGCUCCUGGGGAAAACACGCCUUGUCCUGAAGAACAAAUGGCUGUCCAGUUUAUUAAAAUGCCUGUCAACUGCACUUCCAGUCACCCAGGCCUUGCAGAUAAAUAAUGGAGCAUGCAGUGAGCACAUCUAGCUGAUGAUAAUCACACCUUUUCCCCCGUCUUUUCUGAAAAAUUGUAAAUCUGAUCAUAUCAACAUGUAUGAACUUAAAAUAUGGAGAAUGUUAUGGAAGAAAUAGUUUAUAAGUUUGUUAAGUACUUAUAACAUGGUUUAUCUUUUUGAUUAUUAAUUUUUUACGCUAACCAUUGUUUCUGUAGUUAAAAUUGUUUUCUUGGUGUUAUCUUUUCUCAAAAUAAAAUUAGAAACUUUUGAUGGAAAGUAGGUUGUUUUAUUUUCUGUAUGACUUUUGGAUAUUUGUACUUUUGAGAAAAUUAUUAGCACCAAGUGUUUCUCAAAAUAUAAUUUUUAAAAAAUCCUUAAUAGGCUUUUAGCUAUGUCCUUUAUUGUUUUAUCACAAUGCAGUUUAUUUGUAGUUUCUCUCUUUUUUCCUCACACCUAUGGUUUUUUUACUUCCAAAAUUAUUUUCAAAUAAUCCAUUUUUGGCUUUCAUCAUUAUCCCUACUAGAUGUUAUGUGUUCUUUUGCAAUUGUUUCUGCUUAUGCCUUUACUAGCAAAGGGAAAAAUAACAAUUUGGUGUCAAUGAUCUGGUGACAAUAGGAUUACACUGGAGCCAAUUGAAUAAAUUUAUUCUUUCAAUCA